AAAUCCAUUACUAUUUUGCGUCGAAAAAAAACUUGAGAAGCGCACUUAACAUUCUUUAAUUUCAAAUCAGUUUAGUAUUCUAUGUAAUAAUUUCUCAUAUAAUAUUAUAAUCGUUUCAUGUUGCAUUUUAAUCAUAGGACAUUUCUUGAUCUGCUUGAAAAACAAGGUUAAGAAUGUAGUAUUAAUUAAGUAUUACGAGGAGUAAAAUCACUCAUAGUUGCUCAUAGUGAAGUACACACGUGUACAUACAUAAUACGUACACAUGCUUUAUGUUGGGAAACGAAAAUUGAAGUUUGUAUCGCUCUUUCCCAUUCGAGCAGGUAAUAUUCUAUAUAAACUUUAAUAAAACUUAAAAUAUCUGAAUCACAAUUCGUAUAACCAAAGAAAAUGCGCCGACGCAGUUACAACUUUAUUUUGCUGGAAUAAUGCAUAGGUAGAGGUAAUAGGGUUAUUGCACCCGCUUGUCAGCUACUGUCAGAAUUGAGGCUAAUCCAAACUAAUCGAUGAAACGGCAUCAAGGGUUAGGGAGGCAGGUCAGUUACAGUGCUUCGUGAUUAAUUGUUUCUAUCAUAUUUAUCGUUAAUUGAGUAUCGUUAGUUACCGUGGGCAACGUUCGACAGGAGAAAAUAACCUAGAAGACAUAAGUCUCUUUAACCUCUACAUCGUAGCCACACUGUGGUGGCUAGUAUGAAAACUGAAGUUAUUUACACUCAAUUAAAUAAUCCUCAUCGAACUGGGAACUGUGAAAUUGUGACUAGAACUGUUAAUUAUCGUGCUACCAGCAAAAUGAGAAAGUAUUAUCAGGCUGCCUUAGUUAUUAUAGCUACUGUCAGUGUGGUAUCUCUGCUCUUCUACAGGCACGAAUACAAUAGACUCAGAUAUGUUUUAGAAGUAUUGAACUUUUUUGGAAAACCAGGACGAAGUGGAGUUGAUACAAAUUGCACAAAGAGCUCUGCAGAGAAAAAGUUUGAUUUUCAUUUUGAUAUACCUGUUUCAUCCUGGCAAAGACUUGAUAAUGAAUUGUAUGUCUAUUCAGCAUAUUCUUCUGAUGCAGGAGAGGUUAGGGCAAUAGGUAUUGGUAAAGUGAAUAACAAUUUGAAUUUGACUUGUAACAUUUUCUUUGAAGGGAACAUUGAGCCUUUUCCAGGAUAUUUUGUACUUUCUCCAAUUAAGAGCGUUACAGAAAAACCUAAUAAUGCAAAACAAAAAUAUAUAGGGUAUGAGCUUCUUUGCCAAUAUGAAGGUGGUCGACCACCUAUUGCAAUCUCAUUCCUUAAUAGAAAUGAAAAGAAUCAUAAUGAUGUAGCAAUUUUGCCAGUAACCAAUCCACCUGUCACUUAUGACAGUAAUAAUAGUGUUAUUUGUAUAGCACCUCCAAUGAAUAAGCCAAUGUCUACUGCUGAUAUGAUAAGUUUCUUAAAUUUUCAUGAAUUAAUUGGUAUGGAUAACUUUAUUGUAUAUGAUUAUGGUAUACCUAAUACUUUUAACGAAGCAUUGAAAAAUAUGGCACAAAAUCCAAGUCCAUACUGGAAAUUUACUUAUACAACAUUACCCUGGAAUUUUCCUUUUACGGGGGUUCAUCCAAACAUUGUAAGAGAUAUUAUUCAGGCAGAUUGUCUGCAUAGGACGUACAAUAAAGUAAUGUAUGUAACUACUUUAUCAUGGGAGGAAUAUAUAGUGUUGAAGUACCAUCACUUGGUAGCUGAUUUGCUAUUUGAUUUUGGUAAGAACACAUGGCCGUCUUAUGUUUCAUACAAGCUUAAUACGUCAGUCUUUUGUACAGAACAAAAAGACGACAAACGGGCAACUAAAAAUACGCCAAUCGUGCUGAGAAAAACGCACAAAAAUAAAAAUAUUAUCGUAAACCGUCCUGUGUAUCUUUUCAAACGUGAUGCGUUACAGAGAAAUGAUUUGGUUACUGAACAGAAUGAUGCUGUAACCGACUUAAUGUUUAUCAAUAGAUACCAACACUGUAAUAGAAUUAAUGAUGAUACCAGCACCGAUACAUAUGAUAAUUCUAUUCUAAGAUUUGCGGGAGAUAUGCAAAACGCACCAAUUUUUAAACAGUAUGUUACAGGAAAGAUAUUUUCUUCCAAUUAAAUAUUUGAAAAUAAAUCAUUUUUACUUUGAAGGUGUUUAAAUUGUUCUAUAUCGCGGUAAAUAAUAAAUUGUUUAGAAUAUUUUAGUUUUAUGUUAAUGACUCGUAUAAAGGAUUAAGAGAAGAAGUUUGUAGGUAGAACAUUUAUUUCGAUAGAGUAUGUAAAUAGUGAAUGCAUGACUAGGAUAAAAUCAGUUCAAAGGUUAAUAUGCAGAUAGAAUUAGUCAUAGGGCUAUAUAUGUAUGUAGUUUAGCUGUAAAUUGCGCCACAAAGAAGUUACGAAUGUUAUUCAUAUUUAUGAGUACUAAUGAGCGUUGUUGCAAUUUUUAGUACUUUAUCUAUUAUGAGUUCAUUAACGAUUGAAGAGCGGGCACAGGCCAUAAUUUUACAGGCUGCAUGGAAUCACAGGGUGCUGUUUGAAAGUAAUGUAAUGAAUAAUUGUAAUAAGUUAGAAUUGUUUAAAUCUAAUGUUAGUUUUGAUGUUUUUCUACUAAGGUAGACCAACUGAAAGUUGUUUAGUAAGCGUUAUGAAUAAGAAAUUAUAUUUUUAUUUUUAUAGAUGGAUCUUGUUUAUAUCGAACUUUUUCAACAUUAAAGUUUAUAGAUAGGAUGUCAAUCAUCAUUGAAAAUAUCGAAUGAAAUACAUAUUAAUAAAAAUAAAAAGUAAUUUGUA